GUUUCCUCGCGCGCUCCUCGCCUGGCCGGUUCCGUUCUCACGCCCCCCCACCCCGUCCCCCUCGAGCCUUGUAGUCUGUGCCGCGGUGCGGAGCCACGUGACCACCAUUCCCCCCCCGCCCCGAGCUGCUGCUGCGGGGGGCGCUCGUGCCUCUGCGCGCGCGGACAGGAACCCUGGAGUCUGUGAAACGCUCGAAUUCAAGUGGAAUAAGUAGAUGAAUGUCAAAGUUUUAUUUUGACUUUGAUCCAACAAGAAGGGAAACUGGUAGAAAAUGUCACCUGGGAAAGUUUUGCAACCUGUACUGAAAAUGAAGGUGGAUGAACUCUUUUUUUGCUGGUUGAGUCAGCCUGCAACUCAGCUGACGCUAAAGGAAGGCUUGAGAAGAAUUAAGAAUGAGGAGAAAACAGAGAUUGAUAAUGGACAUUCAGGAAAUGGUAAAAAUGAGAGGUGCACUAAUAAAAAUUCCAAUUCCAGCCAAUGCAUAUCAAGAGAUACCAGACUGCCUUUGGUGUCUUUCAAUCCCCCUCAACUUUCCACUACUCUUCCUUUGGCAACUCCAGCCAGCACAAGGAAUGUCUCCACUGUUAGAGCAGCACGUCGAUCCUCAGGAACCAAAGUAGUUCAGACGAAGAAGGAAGAAACUUUGCCAUCAUCACUUAGUCAAAACAUUCCAACUUUUUAUUUUCCUCGAGGAUGUCCUAAGGAAAAAGUGAAUAUAGAUGCUGUGAUUACCAAAAUUGAGAGAACGUUCUCCGAGUUUCCAAAUGAGAGAGCAACGUUAGAAGACAUGGGGAAGGUUGCAAAGGCUUGUGAAUGCCCACUUUAUUGGAAAGGUCCUUUGUUUUAUUGUGCUGGAGGUGAACGAACAGGAUACGUGUCAGUUCAUAAAUUUGUUGCAAUGUGGCGGAAAAUACUUCAGACCUGCUAUGAUGAUGCUGCAAAGUUUGUUCAUCUUCUGAUGAGCCCUGGAUGCAACUACUUGGUGCAAGAAGACUUCAUUCCUUUUUUACAAGAUGUGGUGAAUAGUCAUCCUGGCCUAUUAUUUUUAAAGGAAGCAGCUGAAUUUCAUUCUCGGUACAUUACCACAGUUAUACAGAGAAUAUUUUACACAGUAAACAGGUCCUGGUCUGGAAAAAUAACUUGUAAUGAGCUCAGGAAAAGCAACUUUUUGCAGAAUGUGGCCUUAUUGGAAGAGGAAGCUGAUAUUAACCAGCUGACAGAGUACUUCUCAUAUGAACAUUUUUAUGUUAUCUAUUGCAAAUUUUGGGAGCUGGAUACAGACCAUGACCUCUACAUCGACCGGAAGGAUUUAGCUCGACACAAUGAUCAUGCCAUAUCAAAUAGGAUGAUAGAGAGGAUCUUCUCAGGAGCAGUAACAAGAGGUAGGAAAGCACAAAAAGAUGGAAAAAUUAGCUAUGCUGAUUUCGUCUGGUUUUUGAUAUCUGAAGAGGACAAGAAGACACCAACCAGCAUUGAGUACUGGUUUCGCUGCAUGGAUCUUGAUGGGGAUGGUGCUUUGUCUAUGUACGAGUUGGAGUAUUUUUAUGAAGAACAGUGCCAAAAACUAGAUAACAUGGCCAUAGAACCUUUGCCAUUUGAGGACUGUUUGUGCCAGAUGCUGGAUCUCGUGAAGCCACAAUAUGAAGGAAAAAUCACUCUGCAUGAUUUAAAGCGAUGUAAGUUGACAAAUGUGUUUUUUGAUACUUUUUUCAACAUUGAAAAAUACUUUGACCACGAACAGAAGGAUCAGUUUUCUAUGUUGCGGGAUAGUGAAGGUGAAAGCCAAGAGAUCUCUGACUGGGAGAAGUACGCUGCUGAAGAGUAUGAUAUCUUGGUAGCAGAAGAGGCAGCGGGUGACCAGUGGAACGAUGGGUAUGAAGCAGAACUGAAUCCUGUAGACCAUCAGAAGGCCAAUGUCCUCAAGUAUCAAAUGGAAAAAAGACCGUUUUUUGAAAUGCCUUCCCAUCUGGCUGGUGUGGACUUGGAUGAAUAUGACUACGAAGAGUACUUUGAGUAGU